CCCCCACGCGGCUGUGCGUAAUCUGGGCAGUCCAAGAUGGCGGCGCGCUGGAGCAGCGAGAAUGUGGUGGUGGAGUUCCGGGACUCGCAGGCAACAGCGAUGUCUGUGGACUGUCUUGGACAGCAUGCCGUGCUCUCUGGACGCCGCUUCCUCUACAUCGUUAACUUGGAGGCACCAGCCGAAGGGCAUCGCAAGAUCUCCCGCCAGAGCAAGUGGGACAUCGGAGCUGUGCAGUGGAACCCACACGACAGCCACGCACACUACUUUGCUGCUUCGAGCAACCAGCGAGUUGACCUGUACAAAUGGAAAGAUGGUAACGGGGAAGUUGGCACCUCCUUGCAAGGGCACACGCGUGUGAUCAGCGACUUGGACUGGGCGGUGUUUGAGCCAGACCUGCUGGUUACCAGUUCGGUUGACACCUACAUUUACAUCUGGGAUAUCAAAGAUACCCGAAAGCCCACGGUCUCGCUCUCUGCAGUUGCUGGAGCCUCCCAGGUCAAGUGGAACAAGAAAAACGCCAACUGCUUGGCAACCAGCCACGAUGGGGACGUCCGCAUUUGGGACAAGCGGAAACCCAGCACCGCUGUGGAGUACCUGGCGGCUCACCUUUCCAAAAUCCAUGGCCUAGACUGGCACCCAGACAACGAGAACAUUCUGGCCACGUCCAGCCAGGACAACUCCGUCAGGUUCUGGGAUUACCGACAGCCCCGAAAAUACCUCAACAUCCUGGCUUGCCAGGUUCCUGUCUGGAAAGCAAGAUACACGCCUUUCAGCCAUGGGUUGGUGACAGUAAUGGUGCCGCAGCUGCGGCGGGAGAACAGCCUCCUCCUCUGGAACGUCUUUGACAUGAACACACCAGUCCACACCUUUGUCGGGCACGAUGACGUGGUGCUGGAGUUCCAGUGGCGGAAGCAGAAGGAAGGAUCAAAAGACUACCAACUGGUCACUUGGUCUCGGGAUCAAACCCUGCGGAUGUGGCGUGUGGAUUGUCAGCUGCAGCGGUUGUGCUCCAAUGACCUCCUGGAUGGGGAGGAGGAGGAGCUCAUCGAUGGGAUUUCUCUGCUGCCAGAACCAGAGAAGGCCCUGCCUGCCCAGGACACCGAGCCCCAACAGAACUCCAGCCAUGAAGUGUUCAAAGACGACUCCCCAAGCAGCCUCCUGGUGGGGAAAAAGCUGGAUCAGCUGGGGCUGCCACAAACCCUGCAGCAGGAGUUCUCUCUGAUCAAUGUGCAGAUUCGGAACGUCAACAUGGAGAUGGACGCUGUGAAUCGCAGCUGCACAGUCUCGGUGCAUUGCAGCAACCACCGGGUCAAGAUGCUGGUGAUGUUUCCUGCCCAGUACCCCAAUAACGCUGCCCCCUCCUUCCAGUUUGUCAACCAGACGACCAUCCCCUCCACUAUGAAAGCCAAGCUGUUGAAGAUCUUGAAGGAUACGUCCAUGCAGAAAGUGAAGCGGAACCAGUGCUGCCUGGAGCCGUGUCUUCGCCAGUUGGUCUCCUGCCUGGAGUCUGUUGUGAACCAAGAGGACAGCUCCUCAGGCAACCCCUACGCACUACAAAACUCCGUCACGCCACCUUUGCCCACCUUUCCAAGGGUCUCCAAUGCCUACGGCUCGUACCAGGAUUCCAACAUCCCAUUUCCCCGCACUUCUGGAGCCAGGUUCUGUGGGGCAGGAUACUUGGUGUACUUUACAAGACCUAUGACAAUGCACCGUGCAGUCUCACCUACGGAACCCACCCCCCGCUCCUUGUCGGCCCUCUCAGCCUACCAUAGCGGCCUCAUCACUCCCAUGAAGAUCCGUACAGAGACCCCCGGCAACCUUCGUUUGUAUGGCGGGAGCCCCACCCGCAGUGAAAAGGAACUGGUCUCCAUCAGUUCCUUCUACUACAAAGAGCGGAUGUCUCCUUGCUCUGCCAGACGGCGUUGGUCCAUACAAGCGAUUAACGACUUCUCGAAAUCCAGGAGGUGGAAGAGUAAACGAGAGGGAACAGAUGCUAGCAGCCGGCCAAUCAAAGCGGCUGGGAAGGUCAUCAUCCAGGACAUCUCUUGCCUACUCCCUGUCCACAAAUCACUGGGGGAGAUGUACAUACUGAACGUGGCAAAUAUUCAGGAAACCUGCCAGAAGAACGCAGCCUCAGCGGUGACUGUGGGACGCAGGGAUCUCUUGCAGGUCUGGUCCCUGGCCACAGUCGCAACGGAUCUCUGCCUCGGCCCAAAUUCUGAUCCGGACUUGGAGACCCCCUGGGCUCAGCAUCCGUUUGGUCGGCAGCUUCUGGAGUCUCUGGUGGCCCAUUACUGCCAGCUCCAUGAUGUGCAGACCCUGGCCAUGCUGUGCAGCGUUUUUGAGGCCCAGUCCAGGCCGCAGGGAGCCCCGAUUCCCACAGGGCUCUUCCCCCAGCGCCUCUCCAGCCACAGCCGAUAUCCCAGCUUCACCUCCUCUGGCUCCUGCUCCAGCAUGUCGGACCCUGGACUCAGUGCCAGCAGCUGGAAUAUCGCUGGCAAAGAGAUGGACCACACAUCUGCCUGGGGUGAGUCUUCACCUGAUGACUUCCGCUUUGGGAAUCUGGCAUAUGCCGACCACCGGGACCGGGAAAAGGACCAGCACGACAGGAACAAGAGGCUUCUGGACCCGGCCAAUACACAGCAAUUUGAUGACUUUAAGAAAUGCUACGGAGAAAUCCUUUACCGCUGGGGUCUGCGAGAGAAACGGGCUGAAGUUCUAAAGUUUGUCUCCUGCCCUCCUGAUCCUCACAAAGGGAUUGAGUUCGGGGUCUACUGCAGCCACUGCCGCAGUGAGGUGCGUGGCAUCCAGUGCGCCAUCUGCAAGGGCUUUGCGUUCCAGUGUGCCAUCUGCCACGUGGCCGUACGAGGCUCCUCCAACUUCUGCCUGACCUGUGGGCACGGGGGGCACACCAGCCACAUGAUGGAGUGGUUCCGCACUCAGGAGGUCUGCCCCACUGGCUGCGGCUGCCACUGCUUGCUGGAGAGCACCUUCUGACUGAAAAGCAGCCUUGGAACCUGAAUUUGCGCCGCGGUUGAAAAAGCAAGGAGUUCUUCCGGCUCUCUUCCCAGAAGGGUGACCCGGCGGCUUGGCUGCUUGGGCCUUCUGUGCUCCCUGGCAGAAGGUGCGGAGAGUUGGCUCCUGUCCCAGCAGGGUCUGCUUAAAGUGCAACGGAAGAGACAGCCGGUCAUACGCAAAAGAUUAGCCUCCUCCCUCGGGAUGGGGAAAGAGUUCUUGAGCAGCGGGAGGAUGACGGACUUCACAGCCUGUUGGAAGCGCGAAGCAACCAGCUCUGGAGGGCCCGGUGGAUGCUUACAAGACAUCUGAAGCACCUGGGAACUCAGACGGGUUGUGUUGGUGGGUGUGAGGUUUCUUUCCCCCCAAACGUCUGCCGUUCCUUGGCCUCGAACCUCUGUCUUCCACUAAAAGGAAGGCCCCACGUUAACAGAGAGCUCCCUGCACGGGGAAAGGUGCCAGUCCUAAAGGCUGGGUUGGCUGGAUUUGGGCUGGGGUGUGUGCCUUGGGAGAGCAGGGGCCAGGGUGUCGGAAUGGGUUGGAGCACAUGGGAGAGAGUGCGCCGCUUUCUUCUGGGUGGUGGUUUUCCUGCCUCUUCUUCACCCGGGAUUUGUAGGUGGCCCGGUUUCAGGAGGUGGGUGUGCUGGAGUGGUUUGGCCCUCUUUCACAUGGAGGGAGAGGAGGCGGCAGUAUCGAGGGGUCGGCCUUCAUUGCCAGGCUGGAUUUGGCGGGUGUCUUGAGUUUCCUUCGAAAAGGGAAGGGGGUCUGGGAGCCGCUUCCUGGGACGGGGUUUGCAGCAGUCAUCUUGGGACUUGCCUUUUCUGUAAUUUUUGGUGCCAAAAUGCAUUCCAGCCCCGAGGACGGGAGGGGUGAAAAGUCUCCUUUCCUGCCAGCAAGUCUCCGAAUCCCUUGUGGGUACAAAAGGGCUGCUCUGCUGAGCGGUCUCCCGUUUGGACUUGGCCCUCCAGCACCGGGAUGCAGCCUGCUUGCCUGCCAAGCCCACUGAAAGGGCCGCCCACAUUGGCCUGGAAGCCUUGAGGGCCAGGAAGUGUAUCGUGCAUAUUUCACCAUCAAUAAAGAUCAUUUUUAAAGCCAA